AUGUAUAUGAGAUAUAAAGAGGAAAAAUAUUUCGUAAUUAUAGAAGGAUCUGUCGGCGUUUCUGGAGCUGCAUUCGGAAGUGCUCCUUCUACUGCACACAUAUGGAUGGACAACGUCAACUGUACAGGAUACGAAAAUAACAUCGAUGAAUGCCACUUUAAUGGUUGGGGAAACCAUGAUUGUUCCCAUGGAGAAGAUUCUGGUGUUGAAUGUUCUUCCGCAAGUCCAGAAGACAAUAUGAUCUUCUUACUGGAUAUAAAUGGUGACGGACUAAUUUACAGAAUGGAUUUAUACACACAAAGCUAUGUCCGAAUACCAAUAAACCGCCUGUACACACCAACCGCCAUUGACUAUAACCCUAUUGAGGGAAGAAUAUACUUUGUAGAUGGUCGACUUAAACAACUCGCCAGUAUGCAUUUCACUGGAGACGACAUUAGAGAACUUAAACAACUUGAUACAAAUGCGGAUUUAGAAAAGAUUGAAGUUGAUCCCAUUAAUAGAAGACUGUUCUACGCGGACACUGGAAAUAAUCAAAUCGGUUCACUGAGUCUGGAUGGGUCGGAUUUCCGUAUUAUUGUCAAUAGUGGUUUAGGUGAACCUAGAGAUGUCGUUUCGGAUCCAAGACAUAGCAUAAUAUACUGGUCUGACUGGGGAUCGUCACCAAAGAUUGAGAAAGCAAAUUAUGAUGGAACCGGAAGAACAGUGGUCGUGAGCUCUGAUCUAAAAUGGCCGAAUGGAAUGGCAAUUGAUUUCGAUGAAAACAAGCUUUACUUCGUUGAUGCUGGUACAGACAAAAUUGAAAGCACUGAUUUAAAUGGAGGCAGUAGACAUACAAUAUACACAGAAACUGGUUCCCAUUUCUUUGCUAUCUCAAUCUUCCAACAGUAUCUAUAUUAUACAGACUGGACGGAACACUCUGUAAUGAGAAUAAAUAAGGAUGGGACAGGUAGGACGCAUGUUGGAGCUGCGACAUUCAGAGAACUGGCAGACAUCAGAGUUCAUAAAUAUGGAUACGGUUUGCCAGGUGUUGUCACUCCCUCUCCAAUUGUCAUUGAUGAAAGCCACAUGUUUGUACGGUUAGUUGGUAGAGGAGGACAUAAUGAAGGAACUGUACAGGUAUUUGUCAAUGGAGUUUGGGGAACAAUUUGUGACGAUCACUGGGGAGAUGUUGAUGCUGGAGUUAUUUGUCACAUGCUUGGAUUCGGAAGAGAACAUGCAGUAGCCGUUUCAGGUGCACUAUACGGUACUUCACAAGCAACGCCAGUAUUUCUAGAUGAGGUGGCAUGCUCAGGAGCGGAAACACAUAUUGCGCAAUGUCAGUUGCCUCAAGGGUGGUCUAUUCAUGAUUGUAAACAUGAUGAGGAUGCUGGUGUGAAAUGCCAAUAUAAUCCGUCAACAAUUCGAACAUCCAUCAUAACCACAGACUCAAAAAGGUCGGAAAUAUACAGAUUAGACAUGGAAACCGGAAGUUAUUCGGCCAUUCCAAACUUUAAUAUCUCCAAUCCAGUCGCCAUUGGUUUUGAUAGUAGUCAAAAGACAAUAUACUAUUCAGAUGUCCGUUUGCAUCAAUUAAGGAGCACCAAUAUUGAUGGUUCGGGAAUGAGCAUCGUGAAACAACUAAAUGGUGGUAUGCUUUGUAUCCCAGAUGGUCUUGCUAUCGACGAAAAAAAUCGACUGCUCUUUUAUACGGAUUAUGCAAGGGAACUUGUUGCCGUAAUGAAUUUGGACGGAAGUAGUGAACGCAAUGUAACAACAACAGGAAUUUCAAACCCUCGUGGUAUAGCAUUGGAUACAACAAAUAGAAUUAUAUACUGGACUGAUUGGGGAAGCAGUCCAAAAAUAGAAAAGUCCGGAUAUGAUGGAACAGGCAGACAGGCUAUUGUAACUACUGAUUUAAGUCUACCAAAUGCUGUUGUAUUGGAUACUAAUACGGGCAAAAUUAUAUUUGCUGACGCAGGAACCAACAAAAUUGAAUCUGUGAACGCAGAUGGGACAGGUAGACAGGUCAUAUUUGAGGACACUGGUGCUCACUUCUUUGGACUUGACCUAGAUCAAACAUACAUUUAUUUCUCGGAUUGGAACAAAGAAGGUAUAUUGAGGAUUAAUAAAGAUGGGACACAUGAGGUGAACAUUGGACCUCCUUCAUUUGGUAGAAUGAACGGCAUCAAAAUUAUAAAUGGUUGAACAAGUAAGUAUUCAAAAUAUAUAAAAAACAAAAAAAU